AUGCCUUCAUGCGCAAUGAGGAAGGCUUUGACUGUGACCGAGGAGAGCCAGGUGAUGCACCUGCAACUGGUGGUCAACCAGUUUGUCGAGGCUGGAAAGAGGUUGCGUCCAAGCGCGCGACCGCGAAUGCGUGUGAGCGCUGAUCAGUUUGAUCGCCUGUGCGAUUUUGCCUGCGUUUACGCUGCGGCUUUGCAAGAGGGGCGUCAGCUGUCCACUUUCAAGGAAGAAACAGAGGCAGAUGUGAAGAAGAGCUUCAUGCAGCGCCAAGCGUCUACUACGACUCCUUCUUCCUCCGGUGACACUGGAAGUUCCUCUGGUACUUCCUCUGCUUCAGCUGCCUUCAUGCCCAACGAGCCAACUUCGCUGGACAAAGUGAAGGAGAAGUAUGGUGAACCAAUUGCUGAAGUACCAGUGCCAGAGUGCCCUGCGUCUCUUCUGGUCUUCCCGGGCAGUGUGCUCUUUGCUUGCGCCAAAGAGGCGACAACCUUGAAGGAAUCAGAGGGUCCCCUGCUGUGCCAUGGGCCCGGCAGUUGGCUGACCCAUGACAAAGCGACCAAGUUUGAGCAAAGCAAUCCGGGGAAAGGUUUGUUCCGCCGCUUUGAGACCGACGAAGAGAAUGGUGUUGACGGUGAGCUGACAACCUUGCGGGCUGCGAUCCAGAAGGUGUGGCGGAUGAGAAUCUACCCGACGGAGAAGUGCUUGGCCCCAGCGAAGCCGCUGUGGUAUCUUCGCGCCGACAUCCCUUUGUCCAAGGACGAGUGCAAGCGGCUGGUAUGA